AUGCCCCCCCGGGCCUCGCUCACCGGCUCCUUCUCCGUCACCGACGCCAACAACGAGGUCGUCUGUCCACUGAAGAACAACGAUGGUUCCAACUGUCGCAAGCGAUGUCUCGGCGAGAAGCGAUAUCGCUCCAUGCAGGAGCACAUCCGUCGGGCGCACCCCAACCACUACAUCCCCAAGCUACCCGCCACCGAGGAGAGCUUCCUGCUGAUGGUCAACACUCCGCCCGACCAACGAGCUCAUCUGUCGCCCCCAGAUCCUAUCUCGCGACAUGCACAUGACCUCGACCGUGAUAUCUACGUUGCCGAUGCCAGCUCCCCCGCCACCCCGCGUCCCAUGGAUGACGCCCAUCCAGCUGCGGCCACUGCGGCCGUCGCCCUCGCCCAAUUGCAUCAUAACCGCCUAGCUUCGGACUGGGAAACGGACAUGGUAUGUAGCUUGAGGGAGUGUGUAUGUGAUGCACAUUCCGAUAACGAGCUCACCCGCGAGCGCAUGCGCUCCUCGAUCGAAUUGCCCUCGAUCCGCGACCAUUUCAAGCACGAGGUGCUACCCCCAUUUGCUACACCGCGUCCACGGGAUCUAUUAUCGUCGAUUCUGGGCGGCCCCUCGCCGCUGCAUCGCUCGUCCACCCUCCCGCCGAUCCAACGGCGUGACAAACCACCCCGCAAGUCCUCCAUCACGUCCAACGCCCGUCGCAAACAUGAACGCAUCCGCUCCAAGGAACUUGGCCGUCGGCCUAGUCUGGGCGAACGCAAAGCCCUGUCGGCCGAACCGCAGGCCGCCGCGUGGGCCCAGGGCAAACGCUGGGAGGAUCUCAUCGAGGCUGCCACCUCAGCCACCGAGGUUGAUGAUGACCGAUCAGAGGCCGCCUCCCCCACUAUGCCCCCCUUGGUCAGCAGCGUGACGUCCGCGCCGAUGAAGCACCGGUCGUCACUCCCGCCGGCUUUCCAAGGCCUUCCUCCACCGGCACCCACGCGCCCGUUCGCAGCACAGGUGCAAUCGUACACGGCGUCGCCGCUGCACAAGUCGCUGACCCCGCCGCCGUUUGAGCUCCCGCGCAGCCGCGACUCGGACCUGGAGCCGUUCCCGUCGAUCGAGUCGUUGGAUUCGCAGUCGUCGACGUCCGGCAAGAACUUUGCCGACUCCAGCCCCGGGCCGGGACUACUUCGGCCGCCGCAGCACCGGUUCUCGAACCCCACGCCGUCGACGUUUGCGCGCCCGCGCGAGAUCCAGAUCUACUGCGCGCACUGCAAGCGGCCGUGGGCGCUGGCCGACUGCUACGCGUGCACGGAGUGUAUCUGCGGGGUGUGCCGCGAGUGCGUGGGCAUGUUCAUCAGCAGCCCGCCGGUCUCCUUCCUCAGCGUGACUUCGAGUCUGGGCAACGGCCUGUCGCGCGGGCCAACGAGUUAUCCCAACCCGCGCGGGUGUCCGCGAUGUCGCACGGUAGGCGGGAAAUGGAAAGCGUUUCAGUUGGAUUUCCGUUGA